CAAUCAACAAAGGCAGCAGCACAGGCGACAGAGGCAGCUCAGCGGAGAGAGAAGAGCCCCGCUCCUUGAUGGAAAAUUGUCUAUGAUGAAGGCCUAGACCAGGUCACGAAGGAUAUUUGGAGGCAGACUUGACACAGGACCCAGGCAUGAGCGCGGCCUCUGUGACUCUGGCCAGUGCCUUGCAGGUCCGGGGUGAAGCUCUGUCUGAAGAGGAAAUCUGGUCCCUCUUGUCCCUGGCUGCUGAGAGGCUCCUGGAAGACCUUCGUGUUGAUUCCUCGGACUAUGUGGUCUGCCCCUGGUCAGCCUUGCUUUCUGCGGCUGGAAGUCUUUCCUUCCAGGACCAUAUUUCUCAUAUAGAGGCUACUCCUUUCAAGGCCCCUGAACUGCUACAGGGACAGAGCGACGAUGAGCGACCUGAUGCAUCUCAGAUGCACGUCUAUUCUCUGGGAAUGACCCUCUACUGGUCAGCAGGGUUUCAUGUUCCACCAAAUCAGCCCCUGCAGCUCCGAGAGCCUCUCCACUCCAUUCUGCUGACCAUGUGCGAGGACCAGUCCAGCCGGCGGCUGCCGCUGCAGUCGGUCCUGGAAGCUUGUCGGAUUCAUUGGGAAGAAGUGGCAGUGGACUCUGCCUCCGCCAGUCUCCACGUCAGACAGCUGGUCGGCUUGGUCCUGGGCACCAUCUCUGAGGUGGAGAGGAGGGCUGUGGAAGAAAGCUCAUCGGGGCAGCAGGAUAGAAGCUAUCUGCUCAGGAACAGGCUGCAUCAGGCGAGCUGUGAGACCCGGGCGGUGCGGGACCUGGGGUGUCUGCAUCCUUGCAGAGUUUCAGGGAGAAGCACAGAAACCCAGAGCUCCCUGGAGCCGGGACUGGGCACCUCAGCACAGAGUCACAGCAGCCUCUCGGUUAACAGCGCUCUUCCGGUUGAAGUUCCCCCAGGUCUUCAGGAAGGCCGACGGCUCAGCUCUGGUUCUGCUGUCCAGGAAAACUCAAGGCCGGCAACUCCUUCUCAAAGGGGUUUCCUGCAAAGAAAGGGAAAGUUCUCCAGGCCGGAGUUUGCCCUGCUGGCUGGAGAGGCCCCAGUGACCCUGCAUCUGCCUGGAUCCAUUGUGACCAAAAAAGGGAAAUCCUAUUUGGCUCUCAGAGACCUCUGCGUGGUGCUGCUGAGUGGGCAGUGCCUGGAGGUAAAAUGUGACAUCACAUCGACAGCAGGAGCCAUCUUCAAUGCUGUCGCAUCCUUUGCCAACCUUCGGGAGCUCACCUACUUUGGCUUGGCUUACAUGAAGGACAGAGAAUUCUUCUUUCUGGACGCUGAAACCAGGUUGUGCAAAAUAGCCCCUGAAGACUGGAGUGAGCAGCCCCAGAAGAAUAGCUCCCUGAACACCUUCAAGCUCUUUCUGAGAAUAAAGUUCUUUGUCAGUCACUACGCGCUGCUUCAGCACAGCUGGACAAGGCAUCAGUUUUACCUGCAGCUUCGGAAAGACAUCCUGGAGGAGAAGCUGUACUGCAGUGAUGAGAUGCUGCUGCAGCUGGGGGUCUUCGCCUUGCAGGCUGAGUUUGGCAGUUACCCAGAGGAGCAGGUAGAGAGUAAAGCCUAUUUUCACGUUGAAGAUUACAUCCCUGCAAGUCUGAUUGAGAGAAUGACAGCUCUCCGGGUCCAGGUUGAAGUCUCAGAGAUGCACCGUCUGAGUCCUGUGCUGUGGGGAGAGGAUGCAGAGCUGGAGUUCUUGAGGGUCACUCAGCAGCUCCCAGAGUAUGGUGUGCUGGUUUACCAUGUUCUCCCAGAGAAGACAAAGCCAGAGGAGGAGAUGGCCUUGGGGAUCUGCGCCAAGGGUGUCAUAGUAUACGAAGUGAGAAACAACAGCAGAGUUGCAACUUUACGGUUUCCGUGGAGAGAAAUUGAAAAGAUUUUAGCUUAUCGAAAGAAGUUCAUGAUCACAAGCAGCAUCACUGGGAAAAAGCACACAUUUGUCACCGAUUCAGCCAAGACCUGUAAAUAUUUACUGGGCCUCUGCUGUGCCCAACAUGGGUUUAAUGCUCAGAUGAGCUCUCCUGGAGUUACAACCAACUAUGACAAGUAUGUGCAAAUGGCCAAUGUGAGUCUUGCACACCUGGCCCAGUCCAAGCCUCUCACUUGGGUACAGAGAUUGUCGUGCUCAGAAAAUGCGCUGUUUGUCCCCGGGCUGGAGGAUGCCGCAGGAAGCCUGGGGCACACAUCACUGGAAAACUUCUCCACGGACACCAGCAAGGGGCCUGGGGUGCAAGGACUCAGAGGCAGCCCCUGCCUCGGCCGGGAGCAGUUGGAACGCCUCUGUCUGAUCCAGAAGCCAACGACUUGUGAUGCUCUCUCUGGGCUGCCUGUUCAGAGCAUGCGCAUGGGACCACAAAAUAAUAGAAGAAGAAGCUUUACAGCCGAACCAGAUCGAGAAAUUAUGCAUGUGGCACUGACACGGGAUCCAUACCGUGGUUUUGGUUUUGUCAUUAAUGAGGGAGAAGAUGUAGGCAGAGCUAGUCCUGGCAUCUUCAUAUCUUCUAUUAUACCUGGGGGACCAGCUGAAAAAACUAAAAAGAUCAAACCAGGAGGGCAGAUAUUAGCCUUAAAUCUCAUCAGUCUGGAGGGCUUCACGUUUGACAUGGCUGUUAGAAUGAUUCAGAAUUCUCCUGACAACAUAGAAUUAAUCAUUUCUCAGCCAAAAGAUAUUUGUGGAAAUACCUCAAGCGAGGAGAAGAAUAGCACAGCCAAUUCUGGGGUCUUCUCUACAGACAGCCUGAGUACCGGGCACAGGGGAAGUUUUUCAUCACACACUCGAGACCAGGAGAGAAACACCGAAGAGCUGGAAAUGGCUCAGACUCCAAGCUUGAUGCCCAGGCUGAGGCCUCCACUGUCCACUCCACCACUGAAGGGUGCUGGGUCUUCCUGUCUUCCAUCACAUUCAGAAACCAAUGCCAGUGAAAUCUACUUUGUGGAGCUGGUUAAAGAAGAUGGGACACUUGGAUUCAGUGUGACUGGUGGCAUUAACACAAGUGUGCUCUGUGGAGGUAUCUACGUGAAAUCCAUCGUUCCGGGAGGGCCAGCUGCCAAGGAAGGAAGGAUUCUGCAGGGUGACCGGCUCUUGCAGGUGGACGGAGUGAGUCUGUGCGGCCUCACCCACAAGCAGGCCGUGCAGUGCCUCAAGGGCUCUGGGCAGGUUGCAAGACUGGUCUUAGAGAGAAGAGGCCUCAGAACUGCACAGCAGUGUCCUUCUGCUAAUGACAGGAUGGAAGAUGAACGCACGGCUGUUUCCGUGGCAACAGUCUUGCCUGGAAGGCCCGUGAGCAGUGUCUCGGCGACAGAUGGUCCUAAGUUUGAAGUCAAACUAAAAAAGAACGCGGGCGGUUUGGGAUUCAGUUUUGUGCAGAUGGAGAGCGAGAGUGGCAGCCACCUUAAGAAUGAUCUUGUGAGGAUCAAGCGUCUCUUUCCGGGGCAGCCCGCCGAGGAGAAUGGGGCCAUCGCAGCUGGUGACAUCAUCCUGGCAGUGAAUGGGAGGCCCACAGAAGGCCUGGACUUCCAGGAGGUGCUCCAUUUGCUGCGAGGGGCCUCACAGGAAGUCACACUCCUGCUUUGCCGGCCCCCGCCAGGUGCACUGCCUGAGAUGGACCAGGGCUGGCAGACACCCGUGCUGUCAGCAGACAAAGAAUUCACUAGGGCAACGUGCACUGACUCAGAGCAGAACCCCAGCCUGGAUCAAGAGGACAGCCAGAGGGACAGUGCCUCCCCAGACCCAGGGGAAGGCCUGGGUCUCAGGCCAGAGUCUUUCCAACAGGCCCCCAGAGAGGCACGAUGGGACCAAGGCAUAGAGAGAUGCUGGGCCACUUCCUUGAUGCAUCCUCGGGAUUGCUACCCUCAUUUAUGCAGACUUCACCAAGAAAUGGAGGCAUCAGCACUGGCUACCUCUUUGGAAAAGGACCUAGGCAAAAUUCCUAUUCAGUUUGUGAUAUCAGGAGACUUGAAAGUGAUGGUGAGGAAGGUGACAUGUACUAUCCACCUGAAGCCCCUUCUCCCACCUUGGAGGAUGAAGUGUACCUUACCAUCAAUUCUACAAUGGAAGACCAGCUACCCUGUGGAGAAUGUCUGGAGGCAGAUUCGGGGACCAUUCCCCUACCACAGUUCUGCUCUUGGGGUACUUUCUCAGAGUCUUUACCUCCGGAAGAAUCCUGUGAUAGCGAGGGCGAGUGGGAAGACCUCGAGGAGGCUGAGAACCAGAUGAUGGCACCCUCAGGUGAACAGAGAAAGUUGGACCACUUCCUGAGCCUGAACCCAAGGGUUUCUGCAUGGACAUCCUUCUGACUGUGAUCACAUGGAGGAGCCCUCAUUUGCUGGUCUGGAGAAUGUACCCACAGACUCCACAAUCAGGAAAGAAGCCCGUGGGUCCCUGAGAAGGUUAUGUGGAAUGGAAGAGACCUCUGGCCCAGUUGAUAGAAGUAACUUCCAAAAGAUCAUGCCUGUCACCUCUAAAACUCAUUUGAAUUGUGGUUGACCCCUGUUUAGUUUGGCAGUUUAUGUUGAAUAAAUCUCUGUGUGUGCGUGUGUAUGCAUGUGCCUGUGUGUGUGUGUGUGUGUAUGCAUGUGUGCACAUGGGGUUUCCCUUUGUAAAAGGAUUUGAGAAUCAGCCUUCUACACCAAGAUAAGCCGGGAUGGGAUGAGGUCUUGCUGGUGCACUGGUUCAUACUUUCUGGGAUAGAUGCCUUGUUCCAGUUUGCACUCUUGGGUUUUCCCUUACUUGAAGGAGUUUCCAUAGUUUUCAAAGUGCUCCAGUUCCCUCAAAGGAAUCUGCUGAGAGACAUGGCUCAAAGGCCAGGGGAGUGAUGUGUUUUGUCAUCUUUCUGUGCUCUUCCUAUGCAACUCCAAAUGGUUAUAAGUUAUUUUAAAAUCAUUUCCUUUUUUGGGAUCCGAUUCUAAAAAGUACAUGAAAGAAAAAUAAGAUGGGAUACAACCACUACUAUAACAAACAAUUGAAAAGCUAAAACUUGGGAUUAUCAAGUAUAUAAAAAAAAUAGAGCCUGUGGACCACCAUGUGAGGCAAGGAACACUUUCAGUGAUAUAUAAUGCGGGAUGCAUGGUAGUCAGUAUCUUAAUGGGGGGAGGGAGGCCAGCUUCAUAGAUAGAACUAGAAUAGCUGAAAAAGAGGAUUUAGGUUUAAAAAUUCACUUCACCUACUAAAAUUAUAUACAGCUGAUUAAAUAAAAAAAACAACAUCAAAAGACUGGUAGAAAAUAGACUUUAGUUUUAUCAGAUCUACAGAAGAGUAAUAAACUUCCUCUGGCUGCCAGCGAUAGAUAAAAAACACGACAAAAAAGAACAACAAAGUUGAUAAUAUUGAAAAAGUCAAAACUUCUGUAUAGUAACAAUGCCAAAAUUCAUGUAAAAAUAGGGGCAAUGGAUUGGGAAAACAUUUACAUAAUCGGGAAUAGAGAUUAAUAUCUAUAAUAUUUAGAAAGUCCAUUAUAAUUUAUAAUAUAUUCAUAAAGGAUUUCAAUAGACAAUGUAUGCAAUAGAAAUACAAAUGAGAGAUGAAUACAUAUUCUAAUACAAAUAGAAUGUAUUAAUUUGCAUCCAUCCCAUUCACAAAAUUUUAAAAAAUACUAUCCAAUUUUGGCAAAAUUUGGUGAAGCUUGUACUCUCAGAAAUAUCAAAAGCCAUAACGAUGCUUAUGCCCAAUGACCUAACAAUGCUAUUCCUGAGAAUUUACCCCAAAGAAAUAAUUCAAAUAAUUCAAAAUAAGAAAAUAUCCAAGUAUUUUAAGAUGUUCAUCUCAGCUUUCUUGAUAAAAACAAGUUGAAAUGGCUGAAAUGCCUUAGAACAUUGUAAUAUUUAAAACAGUUUUGUAUAGUAAAAAAUGAACAGAAUAGAAUAGAAAUGGUAAUGGAGUGAAAUACAGUAAUAUUAAAGACAACAUGGCAAAAAAAGACAGUUACGUACAGUUGCAUCAUAAUGGGAUAUUAAGCAGCCAAGAAAACAAUAAAAGAAAUACAAAAAAGUCACAGUUUAGAAAAGUACUUGAUAUAAUAACUCAAAACUGUGUGAUAACUGAUUAAAGCAACAAAAAAGCACACACACACACAGAGAAGUACCAUGAAUAGAAGGGAAGUUGCAGGAAAAGAAAUCACCCAGUGUUUGGGUGAUGGGAUUAGGAGAACAUACUUGAUUUUGUUAAAAAUGUCUUUACCUUUGUAUAUUUAUUGCUUACAUAAUAAGUUUUGCACUGAGAAUAAAGAGGUUGAAAUAGCAAAGAGGGAGGGAGAGAGAAUAAAAACAUUGACAAAGGUUUAAAGAAGCCUGUGCUCCGAAGUUUAAUUUAUGAACUUUUCUCUAUGUACCUUUAUUUCUAAUUUCCUGUUUUCGGUCUAAUGGGAGAGUCUUAUAGGUUAUUUGCCCCAUUCUUCCGUUAAUGAAAAAGAAGUUUCCCGCCGUCUGAGCAGUCUUGUUUCCAGUGCUCUCAGGGAGGGCGAAGUCAGCUUCCUCGGUGCCCUAUUACACAGUUUCACAGGCCUCAUGGUUAGAGAAUUAAUUAAGCAUGCAAUACAGUGAACAAAUAACCAUAUUCACCACUUUGCAACUGCGUGCACUCUGCUGAACUCUGGUUAAUUAUUUCCUUUUUGGAAAAGAAAUGGGUGGUUACAGGUUCAAAAUGAAUCUAGUCCUUCUCCUUAUAGGAAGGGACCUCCGCCCUCUCCCCAGGCCUGUUUGUUUAUUUUGAGCUAUAUCUCAUGAAAGCCAUGUUCCUUCGUCUUAGGUAGACUUGACUGCAUCUGCCACUUGCUUUGUUUCAGGGCAAAUGUCAGAAAGAACAGCACGGUCCUAAGGGACAAGGCUCAUUGCUGCAAAAUGUAAUGGCCCAAACCUGGAAAUAAUCCAGAUGCCCUUCAAGCAAGCAAAUGGUUAAAUAAACUUGGGUAUAUCCAGAAGAGUGAACUACUGAUACGCUCUUGGAUGGAUCUCUGGAGAAUUAUGCUGAGAAAAAGUCAAUUGUUAAAGUCUGCACAGUAUGAUUCCAUUUAUAUAACAUUCUUUUUUUUUUUUCUUCAUCUUUUUGUAGGG